AGGGAAGAAUUUGAAUCGCCCUCUCCAAAACGUGACCCCCGGAACCAACCGCGAUACAGAGAUUCUCAAUCAAACCAUGUAUGUAAGCUCGGGCCGCUUGAAACUUCCUAUCGGCCAUAACCGAUCUCAGAAUAAUUUAAGACCUGGGCUAAUACAGCUUUCCGGCAAUCGGCAAUUUUAUGGUAGGUCAAGAAGAACUCAAAAAAAUAAUGUCAUCGCCUUGGUUUGAGAGUCACUGUGCAAAGGGUAUUGCAAUUCGAAGCGCUUUUCUCCGUUUUCCAAGCGCUUGGCUUUUUGGUUCGAUUGAACGACGCUGCGAAGAGCGCCUUCAACCCUUCGAUCGUAAAUCGAGGUUUGCCUUUCGAGUUAUUCUCAGUGCUUUAUUUUGACUAGUAUUUGAAUCUGUCGUUCGGUGGAUUUAUUUGAAACAUCUUGUCGGAUAAAUAGACAGAAAUCAAGAUGGGGAAGCGACAGCAUCAGAAGGACAAAAUGUACCUAACGUACACAGAAUGGACAACCUUGUACGGCGGAAAGAGAGCUGGAACGCUGGAGUCCACAGAAGAUACGACAUUCCGACGAUUGCCAUACAAUCAUUGCUGUGUGAGCUUGCAGCCUUUCGAACAUCCUUAUUGUGACGUUGACGGAAACGUAUUUGAAUUGCAAGCUAUCAUUGAUUACAUAAAGAAAUACAAACAUAACCCUGUCACGGGAAAACCGUUGGAUGCAAAGUCAUUGACGAAGUUGAACUUUCACAAGAACGCGGAAGGCCAAUACCACUGCCCAGUACUGUUCAAAUUGUUCACAAAACAUUCCCAUAUUGUUGCUGUGAAAACUACAGGAAAUGUCUAUUCGUAUGAGGCAGUCGAGCAAUUGAAUAUAAAAACACGGAAUUGGAAGGACUUGAUUAAUGACCAACCCUUUGAUCGGAAGGACUUGAUCACUAUUCAGGAUGCCAAUAAUGCUACGAAAUUUAAUUUAUCUACUUUCCAUCAUAUCAAGAAUAAUCUUCGAGUAGAAGAUGAAGAGAUUACUAAGGAGCGAAAGGACCCAAACGCUAAACUCAAAACUGUCUCUUCAGAAACUAGAGAAAUAUUAGAAGAGUUGAACAGGGAAUUCAAACCUGUUGAAAACAAAGACAAAUCCGCUGUAGAUAAGGCGGACAAGUUCAAUGCGGCACAUUAUUCUACGGGGGCUGUAGCAGCUGGAUUUACUUCAACCGUGAUGCCGACUGAAACAAAGCAUGAAGCUGCGAUCGUUGAAGAAGAUCUGGUUCGUUAUGAACGUGUGAAAAAAAAAGGGUAUGUAAGGUUCGUGACGAAUUUCGGAUCCCUUAAUUUGGAGCUUUAUUGUGACGUAGUCCCCAAAACUUGUGAGAAUUUUAUGAAACACUGUCAAAACGGAUACUACGAUGGCACCAAGUUCCACAGAUCUAUCAGAAAUUUUAUGAUUCAAGGUGGGGAUCCAACAAAUACAGGUAACGGUGGAAAAUCGAUAUGGGAUAAGCCUUUUGAAGAUGAAUUCAAACCGAACUUGGUUCACCAAGGGAGAGGAAUUUUAUCCAUGGCGAAUUCCGGCCCGAAUACAAACGGAUCCCAGUUUUUUAUAACUUACCGAUCUUGUCGCCACUUGGAUCGUAAGCACACAGUAUUCGGAAAAAUCGUUGGUGGAUUAGACACAUUAAAUGCAAUAGAGAAAAUUGAGGUCGACAAUAAGGAUAGACCAAUUGAGGAUAUCAUUGUGCAGCGUGCGCAAGUAUUCGUUGAUCCUUUCCAGGAGGCAGAUGAACAAUUAGCAGCGGAGCGUGCUUCCGAAUUGAAUAGAUUAGCGCAAGAAGCCUCCAACAAAAAGUUGAAAAAUUCAAUCGAAGGUGGUAACACGCUCAAAAUCUAUCGUAGUGGUGUUGGGAAGUACGUGCAGUUUAACGAUGAAUCAGCCAAAUCUGAAAAAGGAGAAGUGAGUGGUGAACCUAGAUCAAAGAAGAGUAAGGACGCGUCUUAUUCGUUCAAAAAUUUUUCGGCUUGGUAAAGAAAUUUAAAUCAACUGUAAGCUGUCUCAAGAUAUUGUAUAUUGUAUAGUCUUAUUAUUAUAUUCCUUUUUUUUAUACAAAAAUGUAAAUAUGCUUGACAAAAGAA